AUGGGUACCGCAAAGAGAACUCGCAAAUUCGGCGCUGUCAAGCGAGUAAUCGGCCAAAACCACGCUGCGCUCAAGAAAAACCAAUCCAAAGGCGAAGAGGAAUCCAAGAAACAGGAGAAAGGCAGUGAGAUUGUGCGGGAAAUUCCCCAAGUGUCGUCGGCGCUCUUCUUCCAAUACAAUCAAGCUUUGGUACCGCCUUACUCGGUGUUGGUCGAUACGAAUUUCCUCAGUCAUACCGUGCAGAGGAAACUACCGCUGUUGGAGACGUUGAUGGAUACGUUUUAUGCGAAAUGUAUCCCCAUAAUUACUUCGUGCGUGAUGGCAGAGCUUGAAAAGCUAGGCCCACGCUACCGUAUCGCCCUCCGAAUAGCACGCGACGAAAGAUGGGAACGAUUGCAGUGCGAUCAUAAGGGUACAUAUGCAGAUGACUGUAUUGUCGAUCGGGUGAUGAAGAGUAGGAUAUAUAUCGUUGCUACAAACGAUAGAGAUCUCAAACGUAGAGUACGCAAGAUCCCGGGUGUUCCUAUAGUCAGUGUCGCGAGGGGCAAAUAUGCAGUGGAGAGACUUCCUGAUGCUCCCGAGAAGUAG